AGUAGUAGGUAGUGUCUCCUGUUAUUUGUUUCGUUGAUGAUAUACAGUAUUAGAGAUGUUCAGUAGUUGUACUGCAGUAAGUUGUUGAUAGGGUACGUUUUGGAAGUGCUAAUAUUCGUCAGUGUUUAAUUUUUUUUUCUUCUUGGUGCUUGCAAGCUGCACAUGUAAUGCACUCUCUUGCGCAGGAAAUUAAAGCUUUCUCAAAGAAUAACCUCAAAAAACAAUGCACCCGGGUAACAACGUUAACUGGAAAAAGAAUUAUCGAAACUUGGAAGGACUCACGGAUGCAUGUGGUUGUGGAGACAGAUGGUCGAGCUGAUGGUGCCUGUGGAUAUGUGCAGGACUUGAGUCUUGAUCUGCAGGUUGGAGAAAUCAGACCGUGGCUUUUAUUAGCUUCACAAGAUGUGGCUCAGGAUCUUGAAACAUUAAAGAAAUACAAGGUGUCACGUAUUCUGAAUGUAGGAUAUGGAGUCGAAAAUGCUUUCCCAGAUGUUUUUUUGUACAAGAGCAUUUCAAUUCUAGACCUUCCAGAAACAGAUAUCACAUUGUACUUCCAAGAGUGUUUCACUUUCAUUGAUCAAGCUAAGAUGCAGGGUGAUGUGGUACUUGUUCAUUGCAAUGCAGGAGUUUCACGUGCUGCCUCUGUUGUUAUUGGCUACUUGAUAUAUACAGAAGGACUGUCUUUUAAUGAUGCCUUCUCCUUGGUGAAGACUGCAAGGCCUGUCAUCUGUCCGAAUCCUGGCUUCAUGGAACAACUAAAGAAGUACCAACCAAAUCACAUUGUAGAAAUACAUACUGCCACAAACAGCUGACGUACAGAGGCUGAAAAUAUACACAUCACAUUUAAUGUUUCUGUUUUCAUUUCUUUGUGGAAUCACAGACAUCCGCCGUCAUCCUAUACCGGAGGCCUUACAUGUCAGAGGAACUUUUACCAGGGGGUUGUACUGCAUCUUUUUGUCAUGUUGCUAAUCUUAUUUUUUUCACUGACUGAUGAUAAUCAGUCCCAGCAUUUGUGCUGCUGUAAACCUGCAUGUUUUGAGACAGCUUUCAUAAAGGAAAGUGGUCUGCUGUAUUUUUAAAUAAACUUAAAUUAAUUUUGAAGGCACUUUUUAAGUUUUACUGAGUUUUCUCAACAAUUCUUAUGGUGUUAAUAUUUUUUUAUUUUGCUGUUUGUGUUUGUAUGUAACACUUUGUUGGAUUUUGUGUGUGUGUGUUUUUGUAUGUGUAUAAGCAUAACUUUUUUUUUUUUUUUUACAAAGGUUGGGUGUGGAUGUGUGUUGCAGUAUUUUUAUUUGUUUAUCUUGCUGUAUUUUAUUCUGAUUAACACAGCUUGUAUAUUUACUAGUUGCAUGCUACCUGUACUGUAUGAAUAACGUAAGUAUUUUCAUACUGCUGUGACUUGUAUACAGAAAGCCAGAACUUGCUGUUUCACAGCAAGCCUUCCUGUAUCACUUGUGAAAAUAAAUAAUAUAUUCUGUAAUAGUUUCUUAUAAUAUGUGUUGUGUUGACUGUUCUGCAACAAAUGUUUAUGGAAGCGAUCCACAGUUUAAACCUGAUCCUGUAAAUAAAGUAACUGUUUAAAGUAGUGUAA